CAGCUCCACUGCUGCCUGUUUCCCAACCACUGCAGGCACAGCGUGCAAAACACCUGCUCUGCGCCCUGGGAGGAACGUGGCUGUGGAUAAAGACUGGUGAGGUGGCUCUGUAGAAAGAGUAGGAGCGGAGCUGGGGCACCUGCUGCUCCCAAUGCUGUGGAUGCCCUCUCAAGGAACAGCUUCUGGAGAAAACCUGCGGUGCUGCUCUGACUCAGGUGCUUUCCAGGUUGGUAAAAACACUAUGUAGAGUUUAGUCAAUUGUUUUGAAGAUGAAAAGGAAACUUCAGCAGUGCUCUCAAGUGUCAAUUUGACCCAUGAACUCAAAACCUCUCCACCCAGCACUGCAAGAGAUGAAAGAGUUCUUCUCUCUGGUUUUAUCACAGUGCUCUGGUGGCCACCAGCACUCAGACUGCAGAGCUCAGCUGUGGUUUCCCCAAGAUGCUUUGAGAUGAAGGUAGGGGAGCAGUCACAACUGAGAAGUGUUUUGGAGGGGAUAGAAAAGCAAUGGCAGGAGGAGCAUCCUCAGCAGCACCCACAUAUGCCAGGUCUGCGCCCUAUGGUGCUGUCCCUAACACAGCACCUGGCAGUGCUGAGCUGGCUGCACCUCCUGAGGCCUUCAGAAUGAACCUCCAGCAGCAGUCCUUUCUCCUCAGCCUCUUUUGUUUUCCUCUAAUUUACCAGCCACGUGACGGGCCGCAGUGUGUGUAUUUUCCAGCAGGUUACCUCCUUCCUCAUUUCUGGUCCUGCUGCUUUUGUUUUUUUGUUUCUUUACAUGAAACACGGGCUGUGUGUGAGGGGCUGCACCUCAUCUCAGCAUUUCCAAAUCCUGCCCCUGCCAGCUGUGACUCAUGGGCUGACAGCAGGGUGACAGGGCACCAGCUGCUGCCCAGGAAAACAAAGCUUAGCUGGGCACAGCCAUGGAGCAGAGCUGCUGCCACCUCCCUGCUGAGAUCUGGGUACCCCUGUGUGCUGCAGGAUGCCCAUGUUCUGUGCUCUGUGAGCCAAGGCUGCUCUGAGGCUUUGUGGUGUCCAGAUGCUCUCGGUUUCUCUUGUACUUUUAAUGUAUGACCUUUCCAUCAGCUCCCCAACGGGAAAUUCCUCUUCUCGAGACAAAUCACACUUCAUCACACGGGUUUGCACAGCCUCCAGGAAAGCCUUCAAGCUCUCCUGUAGUCCAGCCUGCAAAGAGAAUGCAAAGCCAGCUCAGCCCUGGCCUUGAGGCCAUUGUCACCACCAGGCAGGGUAUGGCCCUGGGGCCCAUGGCUCACUCCAGAGCUGAGCUCUGUCCCUUAUAUUGCCAGACUACCCUUAUGCAUUGGGGUGUGGGGAAGGGAGGGAGCAAUAGACCUGGUCUGUGUGACCAGACAGGACCUGCAUGGUGUGGGACAUUGACCCUGGGGGUACUGUGGGACUGCUGCUGCACUCAGUGAUGCCCCUGUGAUGUGUUGUCAAGGUGCUACUGCGCUGUGCUUUGUAAAUCUAAUUGCACAGGGAGGCAGACACGUGACGUGUUCCUAUUUUCACUUUCUUGCAAAUAUACCGUUUCUUUGGAAAAGCCCCCAUUGCUCCCGCCUGGGGCUGCAGGCAGGAAAUGCCCAACCUUGCGCAGAGAGCUGAGCGCUGCUGAGUGGGUGGACAGCAAAAAAAAAAGUGGAAGUCACAGCACAGCUACUUUCCUCCCACUGCGCUAACUCCUCCGAGACGUCACUGAGCCAGCCAACCUCCGGGGGGAAAACAAGUGCUCACAGCCCGCCCGGCUCAGUGCGCACCCGGCUCUCCAACCCAGCACCUGCAGAGGAUGCGCUGCAGCCAUGGCCCUCUGCGCUGCCCUGCCCCUGUGUGUAGCUCUGCUGCUCACUCAACCAGCACACGGUGAGCUACGGUUAAAGCCCACACGCGUGCGCUUCGUGGCGGAGAUGGUUUACCACCUGCUGCAGUGGGAGCCAGGCCGUGAUGCUCCCAGCGACGUCCGCUACGACGUGGAGCACAAAGUCUAUGGCACUAACAGUCCAUGGACUGCUGUCCCAAACUGCAUGAAGAUCCACGAGCACAGCUGUGACCUCACCUACUACACCCUGGAUCCCUCCCUGCGCUACUACGCCCGGGUGCGAGCUGUGCUUGGAAACCACACAUCUGACUGGAAAAGGACCAAUGCCUUCUCCCCAAAGGAAGCCAGCCUGCGCCUGUCUGGCCAGAGCCUGACUGUGAUGGACAACAGCAUCCACGUGCAGCUGCAGCUGCUGCUCCGGGCAGGGAACCGCACUGUGAAGUACGAUGACAUCCAGAAGCACGCCAGGCGGUACCGGGUGUUCAUCCGGCGGGCAUGGGACAACCAGACGUAUGAAGUGUGGGAGACUGCCCCAGAAUUCGACAUUCACAACCUCUUCUGGAACACUGAAUACUGCAUCAGUGUGGAGCCUGAUGUGGCCAGCCGGAACAUCCCUGCCACGCGCACUGCUGAGCAGUGUGUCACCAUUGGCCACAGAGACAGAAGUGCAGAACUCAUCCCCAUCACUGUCAGCUCCUUCGCCAUCGUCUUCUUCCUUCUGGGCAUCCUUGGGGCUCUGCUGGUCUGCAUGUAUCUAAAGAAACCCAUGAGGCCACCAUCCGUCCUGAAGUCCAUAAUAAAGCAGAGCUCGCUCUGGGUGGAUCAGGAGGCCUCAUCCUUGGGGAGCACGGAUGCAGUGCAGCAGCUGUUCCUGUGCCAGAAAGAGCCCCAGCACCACGGUGCCCCCAGCACCAUGGGCACAGACCAGCCACCAACAGAAAAGAGUGGCUUGCUGCCAGCAUGGCCCAAGGAGCAGGCAGUGGGGAGCAGGGACAGCAGCUGCACCAGCACAGACAGCGGCAUCUGCAUGCAUUCUUCCUCCUCAUCUUCAUCUUCAUCUUCAUCCUCCUCCUCUGAGCUGAGCCACUCCGAGAACCGUGGCUACAAGCAGCAGCUGCCUGUUGGUGAUGACAGUGGUGUGAGCUUGGAGAGCCCUGCUGGGAGCCUCAUGGAAGCUACACACGGAGCAAAGCCUGACUUCUGCCCUGCCACAGAGCAGGACAGCCCACAGGAGGUGGAGUUCCGUGGGUACCUGCAGCAGUCCAAGGGCACGGUGGAGCUGAGGCAGGGACAAGCUGAUGUGGGGACACUCUGGGCCUGUGCAGGAGCCCCUUGGGGCUCAGCUGGCACCGACAUUGUGCUGGAUAUGGACUGCAUGGAGCUGCCAGUGGCCAAAGGAUACCUGAAGCAGUCCUCCCCUGAGUGUCUCUGCAGCCACACACCAGUCCUGGCUGCCCCAGGGUCUCCUAUGCUGACCUAUGGGGCUCCCCUGGCCUCCAAGGUCCCCCUCGAUCUGGGCAUCUUUGACACUGACCUGCUGGGGACGCUGCCGCUCAUCUCCAGCCUCAGCUCCAAUGAGUGGCUCACGGUGCAAACCAACUCGCUGAGCAUACUCAGCAGGGACAGCAAGGACAGCCGCCUGUGAGCCCCCCUGUGACCCUGACACCACUACCUCUCACCACUGCCCCUCAGGAGCAGCCACUGGAUAAGCUACCACCGACCCCUGAAUGUCAGAGCAUCGACCUGAGCACAGCCUUGGCAGACUUACCCUGGAGCCACUGGCAUUGCCACAGCUGGGGCAGCUUCCCACCAAGCCCAGCACUCUAGUGACGCUAAUGGACAUGGGGACAGGCUGUGCUGGACCAAGACCAAGGAUAUGCACCAGCCCCAUGGCACAGCACACAGCCCCUGGGUUUGGACUCACUUUGCCACACUUCCAUUCCCCACUUUCCCCUCCUGCAGGUGAGCAGCACGUGGUUGAUGCCACCCGAACCUUUCACAACAUCGAUACCGAAAGUGCAGCACAGCACCACGUCAGCUUUCUCUAUGCAGCUGUGGGGACCUCCCACCCUGCUGGCUGCCCUCUAAAACAGCCAGGGACUCCCUCAGCCCUACUGAGCCUGCAGCCCCACACCAGUGAGCUCAGAACAAUGGUCGAUGUUCUACCACUUCAUGUACAGAUACUAUUUAUUCUAUUUAAUUUGUAAAUACAGAACGGGAUGAAGCAUCA